ACUGAAGUUGAAUAUUAGUCCAACCCAAUCAAUUCUCGCGGGCGUGAAAAUCAGCCAACGGAUCACAACUAGCAGUACAAAACAUCGAAGGAGGGCGCGUCACCUCAGCCUUUUUGUACAGAAAUGGGAAGCACGGUGAGAAACGCAGAGAAACUGGUUGAGAGAUACAUGAAAGGGAAUGACGCCUCCCAUGAUGCAUCUCACGUUUGGAGGGUCAGAGAUCUCGCCCUCUCUCUUGCUAGAGAAGAAGGACUUUCUUCCCACCCUGACUCCAUGGAAAUUGUAGAGCUUGCUGCACUUCUCCAUGAUAUAGGUGACUACAAGUACUUGAGAGAUCUCUCUGAGGAGAAGAUUGUUGAGGAAUUUCUUGAGGAAGAAGCUGUAGAAGAAAACAAGAAGAUAAAGAUACUAAGCAUCAUUAAGAAAAUGGGUUUCAAAGAUGAACUUGCAGGGGUUGCAAGUGGUGAAUUUUCUCUAGAAUUUGGGGUGGUGCAAGAUGCUGACCGUCUUGAUGCAAUUGGUGCUAUUGGGAUUGCUCGAUGCUUUACUUUUGGUGGAAGUAAAAACAGAGUCCUUCAUGAUCCUGCCAUUCAGCCACGUUCAGAUUUAUCCAAAGAUCAGUACAUGAAGAAAGAUGAGCAGACAACUUUGAAUCAUUUUCAUGAGAAACUUCUCAAGCUGAAGGAUUUAAUGAAAACAAAGGCUGGUCAGAGGAGGGCUGAGAAAAGGCAUAUGUUCAUGGAGGAGUUCUUGAAGGAGUUCUACGAAGAAUGGGAUGGGAGAGCUUAAAUGCUGUAAACCUGUUAGUUUUCCCAUACUAUGUCAUUCCUAGGACUUUUGGUGGGAAAAUUGCUGGAAACUUGCUUGCCUUUGCAGCAAAUUCCAUAAAAAGAUUUGUUAUGAGAGUAAUGCUCAACUUGAGUAGGGAAGGGAUGAAAUAUUAUAUCAUUGAAGCAUUCUAUAUUGACUUUGUUAUGAGUUCAGAUAAUAUAAGAUGUAAUAUGAAAUAUAAAUUCUUGAAUGAGCUUUGGAA